UGCUCCUCUGGCUCUGCUCCUUUGGCUCUGCUCCUCUGGCUGUGCUCCUCUGGUCCGAUGAGAGGAGAGGAAGAGAUGAAGAUGAUCGAGGGAUGAAGGCGAGAGAGAAGAGACGAGUGGAACUCUGGACCUGAGGCUGUGGUCAAACAGAUGAAGCUCCACAGAAAGAUCCUGGUGCACUACCUCUCCUGCCCCUCCCCCGUCGACAAGGAGGGGUACCUGUUUAAGAAGAAGGAGCGCACUGGAGCAUUCCACCGGCGCUGGUUUGUCCUUAAAGGAAAUCUUCUGUUUUACCAGGAGCGUCCCGCAGACAGACACAUAGGGGGCGUUAUCGUCCUGGAGGGCUGUGCUGUCCGGACUGAGGACUCGGACCGGGACUUCAGCCUGGUCUUUGAGGGACUCCGCACCUACAGGUUCUGUGUGGGCGAGCGUUGGCGUAGAGAUGAGUGGGUCAAAUGCCUCCUGACCGCGUCCCACUGUUACCUGUCUCUGCUGCUACGGGACCUGGGGCUUCAGUACGAGGCAGCCAAACACCUUCAGAGCUGUGGUGCUUCAGCCCAGUUGAGGAGGACCAGUGACCUUGUGCUGACCCCGCCCGCCUCCUCUGACCCCAGGACUCUAACCCACACCCCCGCACUCCCCCAAGCCACACCCCCAGGCACCGGCGCGGUCAGGCCCCUCCCCUGGAAGUCGCCCAAACUCUGGGCACGACGCAACGCCCACGUGACCCCCAUCAACGGCCCCGCCCCCCUGUCCAGCGAGUGGCCGGCGGUCCACUUCAACCCACUGCAAGAGUUUGAGAAGCUCCAUGAGUACUACGGAAGAGAGGUGGAGAGGGUGAGGGAGGAGUGGAGGUCCUUUCAGGAUCUCAGUAGUCUGGAUUUUUGCGCUUUCCCAGUCCAUGAUGUUCAGAGACUUGUGAUGCUCAAGGACCUGGGACUGUCCUGGAGACGCUGGACUGCAGAUGGCGCUAUUCCCCAGUACAGAAUUUCUCCAGGGACGGUUAUACCAAAGACAACAGCCAAGGGCCCAUAA